AGAUGUCUCUUAACCACAGUGAAGACAAUGAAAAGUCGGCCCGUUCUACAAGAAAGACCAGAGGUGAAAGGAAGUUUGAUUGCUCCCAUUGUGAUAAAAGUUUUACCAGAGCGGAAAUCCUCCGUCAGCACGUAAGAAUACACACGGGCGUAAAGCCUUUUAAGUGCAGCCAUUGCGACAAGUGUUUCAGACAUGCAGGAACCCUUAUCCAGCAUAAAAGACUGCAUACUGGAGAAAAACCGUAUAAGUGCAAGCAUUGUGAAAUGCGUUUUAGGCAGUCAGAACAACUAUCUCGACAUGUCAGAGUUCAUACUGGAGAGAAGCCUUUCAAAUGCAGCCAUUGUGACAAGUGUUUUAGUCAGCCUUCAAACCUUCGCCUACAUAACAGGGUGCACACGGGCGAAAAACCCUUUAAAUGCAAGGUGUGUGACAAAUGUUUCAAUCAUUCAGGAAUCCUUCGUACUCAUAGUAGGACACAUACCGGAGAAAAACCCUUUAAAUGCAAUGUUUGUGACCAGCGGUUUUCUACUCUUGGGAACCGAAACCAGCACAACAGGAUACACACAGGAGAGAAGCCUUUUGAAUGUAAGCAGUGUGAUAGGUGUUUCAGUGAUGCUGCAACUCUUCGUCGACAUAAAACAGUGCACACUGGAGAAAAGCCUUUUAAGUGUAAGGUUUGUGACAGAUGUUUUAACCGAUCAGUAAACCUUAAUCGACAUGUCCAAACACACACGGGGGAAAAGCCUUUUAAGUGCAGCCAGUGUGACAAAUGUUUCACACGUGCAGCAGAUCUUCGCCGCCAUGGCACAGUGCAUUCGGGCGAGAAACCUUUCAAGUGCAACCAUUGCGACAAGUGUUUUACACAAGGAGGACAACUUCGCCUACAUCUCAGAUUACACACGGGAGAGAAUCUUUUUAAGUGUCACCAUUGUGGCAAGUGUUUCACUAACUCGAGUCACCUUCGCCUACAUGCCAGUGUACAUACGGGCGAGAAGCCUUUUAAGUGUGACCAAUGUGAAAAAUGCUUCAGUCGAGCUUCGGACCUUCGCCGUCACAGCGCAGUACAUGCCACUGAAAAACCCCACAAGUGCACUGAGUGCGGCAAGUGUUUUAAAGAAAAUGGAACACUUCGCCAACAUGUCAAAAGACAUACACGGGAAAAGCCGUUUCAUUGCGAGCAGUGUGGGGAGUCCUUUUCCCGGGAAGGUCACUUUCAGCAACAUGUUAAAGAACACUGGGGAGAAAAGCCUUUUAAGUGCUCACAUUGUGUCAAGUAUUUCAGCCAAGGAUCAGAUCUUCGCCGACAUGUUGCCACCGUUCACGCGGAUGUAGAAGAGCGCAAUGCUGCAACUCCUCGCCAGAAUAAAACCGUGCACAAUGGAGCAAAGCCGCCUUUUAAGUGUGAGAUCUGUGACAAAUGUUUCACCCGAUCAGUAAACCUUAAUCGACAUGUCCAAACACACACAGGAGAAAAGCCUUUUAAAUGCAGCCAAUGUGAAAAAUGUUUUGCUCGUGCUGCAGAUCUUCGCCGCCAUGGCACUGUGCAUUCGGGUGAGAAACCUUUCAAGUGCAAAUAUUGUGACAAGUGUUACACCCAAGGGGGACAGCUUCGUCAACAUAUCAGACUACACACAAGAGAGAAUCUUCUCAAGUGCCAGCAUUGCGACAAGGUUUACACCAACUCAAGUCAACUUCGCCUACAUGCUAGAGUGCACGUCGAGAAUGAGCCUUUAAAUUGCAUAGCUCACACAGAAGAAGUGGACGAAAACAUGCAAAACCAAGAAACACAAGAUGACACUUUGUGUGCCGAGGUGGUGGUCGCCCUGGAUAUCAUGUAGCUUACUUACCUUGUUUGGGACAGACGUUGUUAUCGGUGUAAACUGUUGGACUUUUCAAACGUUUAACAUGAACUCGUGUGUAGAGCUCCGUGACUGUUAUAAGUAUUGGACACAAGUGGCCAAAUUAAAGGAUACAUUUUGUGCACAAAUAUUUCUUUUGCGAUAAAAACAGAAGACGUGGUCUACUUUUAAGAGGAUUUGAUGAUUCCAAUGGAGAGGAGUCUUCAAACGUAUUGAGUACAAUUUGUCUAUUUGAGAGUUUUAUCUUAGUCUUGUGAACAUCAUUAAACCAUCCUAAUGUUUAUGUAAAGAAAUCAGUUGAUUCUUGACAAUGUAAGUGUGUUCAAUUGAGUCUGGAUUAAGACAUAGAGGGCACUUGUCAUCAGAGGCCAAUUUAUAUUUCAUCAGUUCUUUCUUGGUAGGAAUUAUUCUGUGCAUAACUUUAAAAGAGAAUUCUCUGCGUUUAUUAUCUUUCGAAGACUUAUAUAUAUAUCCACAAAACAGUUGCUCCAAUUAGGAAGUUCUGUAAAAUGUUUCUUCCAAGACCUAAUUGCAGAGGGUUCAGUAUCAAGUCUUUCAAUAAACAUUUUAUAAUAAUUUUUACAGCGAAAUGUAGUUAAAAAUAUUGUACUAUCUUCAAACUGAAAGUAUUCUGACGGUUCACUGAGUAGAUCAGGGACAGGAGAAUUAAGAGCCUUUCUUUUCAGAUCUAAAGGAAUGGCAGCAAUUAAUUGAAAAUAAUGCAAAUAAUUGACCUUAAUUUCGAAUUUAUUUUGAAAUUCUUC